CGCGAGCUCCCGAGGGAAUUUGAAAUUGCUGGAAAAGAUGAAAGCGUUUUGCGACUUCGUCACGACGACGAGUUGUACUGUCGAAGAGAAAGCGCCAGAUCGGCCAAGUGACUCAACAAGGAGAACACAUCUUCGCGAUACGCAGAUAGGACAAGUCGCAACGGACGAGGACUACAGUGUUGGAGCGGAUGAUGAUCCACAAGCGACCCGCAACGACGAGGACGAGCUCCCUGGCGAUCUGCCACAUCAGAACUACCUUGAGCACCCCUUCUUCGCCGAAACCCUGGCUCUUCCGGCCCGGAACGGGCAGACCGCGUUGCACAUCGUUGCCGACGCGGCGACGUGCAG